GCUGCGCUCGUUUAAACGGAUCGCGAGUUACACAAAGUGCUUGAAUCUUUAGUCCGCAACCUCGGAUACUGCAGUGAAACUUUGCCAAAAGAAGGUUAAUGGAGAGGAAGAAUCCGGAAAUGGAUCCCGUACGGUAUCCAGACCUCCAAGAAAUGUUCCAGAACGCAGGAGUCUGUCCGAUAUGCUUCAUGGAAAUGGGCCAAAUGCCAACGUACCAGUGCGAGAACGGUCACACGAUGUGCCACCGGUGUAAGCCGUACUAUUACGCAUGUUCUAUGUGUAACGCACCGUUGAAUUUCUUCCCGGCACCGGAAACGGAUCCUGCGCAAACGCCGCCGCCGAUCCACUUCAUGCCACACAUGAUGCCGAGAGACUUCGUAUCUACCGAGCCCAGCGCGCCUUACGAGGACUUUCUUCAUCACGAAAGAGGAUCCUGGGGUCCACCGUCUCCCGAACCGGAACAACACCUUGGGUACUGCAAGUACUCGAACUUCGGAUGCUGGAUCAGGGUUCCCGAGUACCUGAGAGAGCUUCACGAGACGAGAUGCCAUUUCAGGCCAUUCCUCGAAGAGGAACAGCUUCCCACUGAUUUGCAUCCGGGCGAUGAUCUCGAGCCCUGUGCUCACGCGGUGGUUGGAUGCAACGUGAUGAUGCCACCUUGGAGGAAGCCGGUACACGAGCCACUCUGCAUAUUCAAAGAAAGUUUCGAAGCCUUCAAUGCGGGGGAAUCAGGACUCGAACCAGAACCAGAAGCUGAAGGCGAUGAGGACCCGGAUGAACUGGUGGAGUGCAAGCUGAAGAUUUACGGAUGCCGAGUGAGGAUGCAACGACGUCGCAAAGAAAUUCACGAAGGAAAAUGUAACUACAAUAAAUACUACAACGAGGAGGACUUCCGGGAACGAGAAGUGGAACCAGAAGAGAUACCAGAAGAAGAACCAGAAGAAGAACCAGAAGAGGACCCUGAUGAGCUGAUUGAGUGCAAGCUAAAAAUUUAUGGAUGUCGUGUUAGGAUGCCGCGCCAUCGGAAGGAAAGUCAUGAAGCGAAGUGUAACUACAACAAACACUAUAGGGAGGAGGAUUUUUAAUACUUUGAAAAUUAACUCUUUCCCAAAACUGCUAUAAGAAAAUUAGAUAUUCAUGGAAAGAGAUACAUAUGCGUUCUAUCUUUGAAACGGAGAAUUAGUUUCGCCUGCAUUUAGAGACUGACUGACUACCACAGACUCUGGAAAUUCUGUGCAAUUGAAGUUAUCGUAUACAAAAUGGCGAUGACGAGUGUAGAUAGCAAUUUUGAAUAGCUAAGAUAGAGUAACAAAAAGCCUGUACGCUCGAAAAAUAUCAAAAAUAUAAAUGCGAGUAAUUUUUACAGAG